GAUGUCCAAACUGAAAAGAACCAGUUGAGGAUAAUGCAAAAGAAAAGAUCCCAAAUACAAGAAACACACAUUUUCCCUCCCAUCUCUACAAGACCUCUGAAAUGCUGCAUUUACAAUGCCACAACUUCCACCCUCUAUCUCCCCAAAUCUUCCCUCUUUCUCACCACCACACUAAUCAUCAUUUAUAUCCUCUGAAGUUUCUAUACAAACCCCCCAUUUUCACGCCUUUCACUCUCUCAGCCCUCCCUCGUUCCAGACCAGACCCCCCGCUAUGGCUUGCCCAGUUACCAGAACAAGCACCAGAACCGGAAGAAGAAGGUCCCAUAGAGAUACUGAGGUCUUCUCCUUCCAUUUUUGCAACCUCAGAUGAUCCUUCUUCUAUUCAGGUUGCUACUAGUGUUCUCCUAACUGGUGCCAUCUCUGUUUUCCUCUUCCGCUCUCUUCGACGCCGUGCUAAGCGUUCUAAAGAGCUGAAAUUUAGGUCAUCAGGGGCGAAGAAAAGCUUGAAAGAGGAAGCAUUAGAUAGCUUGAAGACCUUUGGAUCAGCUCCAAUCGAUGUUAAGAAGCCUCCUUCCCCGGUUCAGGCAUUUUUAGGUGCAAUAUCAGCAGGUGUGAUCGCACUUAUUCUGUAUAAGUUCACCACUACUAUCGAGGCAUCUCUUAACCGCCAGACAGUGUCAGAUAAUUUCUCGGUGCGGCAAAUAACAGUAACUGUUAGGACUAUUGUGAAUGGUUUGUGCUACCUUGCAACAUUUGUUUUUGGCAUCAAUUCUUUGGUUUGUUCCUUUAUUCUGCCCAACUUGCUUUCAACUCUUUAAUGGAAGCCGGUACUGACGAAGUAACUGAAAGUAAAACUAGCGGGCAGUCAGGUUCACCAAAUUCAACAUCUGACAGUGCUACAGAUGGUGCUGAAUUGACAAGCAGCCAGGGAGAUCAAAAUCCAGACAAUUUACAGCAAUGAAAGAGAGAAUUACAAGAAUAAGUUUCUGUUCUCUUAACUUUUGUGUAAUUAAAACACAAUCAGCAUAAUCGAUUUUAAUCAUGCAACUAUAAUCAAUUUUUAGUUCA